UCCGUCGUCCCCCCACCCCACCUCAGGAGCUUGCUGGGGCCGGGUGGGGUGUGGGGGGGGCAGGCGAAGAUGGCGACGCCGGGCCACGAACCCCAGCCUUUCUCCCCGACGCUCACGGUGCCCACUCUGCACCCGCAGCAUCCGCACCUUCUUCACCACCAUCACCAUCACCACCACCACCAGCAGCAACAGCAGCAGCAGCAAAUGCACCAUGGAGGAGGCACCGGAGGCGGCGGUGGAAGCGGAGGAAGCAGCGGCGCUGGGGGCUUCCACCUGCCCUUGAACCGGGGUCUGGAACGCGCGCUGGAGGAGGCGGCCAACUCGGGGGGCUUGAACCUGAGCGCCCGGAAAUUGAAGGAAUUUCCCCGCACGGCGGGGCCGGGCCCCGAUCUCUCGGACACGGUGCAGGCAGAUUUAUCUAAAAACAGACUGGUUGAAGUACCAAUGGAAUUGUGCCAUUUUGUAUCACUGGAAAUUCUUAAUCUGUACCAUAAUUGUAUCAGAGUCAUCCCUGAAGCCAUCGUUAAUCUGCAAAUGCUGACUUACUUAAACUUGAGUCGAAAUCAGCUGUCUGCCAUGCCCGCCUGCCUGUGUGGUCUGCCUCUCAAAGUCUUAAUUGCAAGUAACAACAAACUUGGAUCGCUGCCAGAAGAGAUAGGGCAGCUCAAACAGUUAAUGGAGUUGGAUGUCAGCUGCAAUGAAAUCACAGCCUUACCCCAGCAGAUAGGUCAACUGAAAUCUCUACGAGAACUGAAUGUCAGAAGAAAUUAUCUUAAAGUUUUACCACAAGAAUUAGUAGACCUUCCCUUGGUGAAAUUUGACUUUUCCUGCAACAAAGUGCUGGUAAUUCCUAUUUGCUUUAGGGAGAUGAAGCAACUGCAAGUGUUACUACUGGAGAAUAACCCUUUACAGUCUCCUCCAGCACAGAUUUGCACAAAGGGCAAAGUGCAUAUAUUCAAGUAUCUGAGCAUCCAAGCAUGCCAGAUUAAAACAACUGACUCCCUGUACCUCCAUACAAUGGAAAGGCCACAUAUACACCAGCAUGUGGAAGAUAGCAAGAAGGAUUCCGAUUCAGGAGUUGGAAGUGAUAAUGGUGAUAAGCGAUUAUCUGCCACCGAGCCUUCUGAUGAAGACACUGUCAGCCUGAAUGUGCCAAUGUCAAACAUCAUGGAAGAAGAGCAGAUUGUCAAGGAUGACUCGUGCCAUCUUCUCAGCCCAGUUAAAGGGGAAUUUCAUCAGGAAUUUCAACCAGACCCUUCCCUAGUGGGCAACAGUGAUAGCUCAGGAGAAUCAAGAACACAGUUUGCCCACGGAGCAGAUGUUCUUCAUUCAGAAUUUAUAAACUACACGAAGAAUAGGAAGGAAGACUGUGAAGAAUUGUUACGAAUAGAAGAGGACACUAACUGGCAAACUGAGGGAAUAAUAAACUCAUCCACAGACAAGGACAUGGAUAUAACGAUGAUUGAACAGCUGAGAGAAGCAGUAGAUUUGUUGCAAGAUCCUUGCAGAUUGAGCACUGAUAUUUCAGAAAGAAGUGUCAUAAAUUUUUAUUCCAUGGAAUCAGAAGAAGCCUUAGAAUUACAAGAUUCUGUACUAAAUGGUCAGAUACAGUUGGACACAUCUUCAGUAAAUGAGGCACAAAAUGAUCUAAUGUUACAGAGUAAUGGAAGCCAGUAUUCUCCAAAUGAGAUUAGAGAGAACUUUCCUGCAGUUUCUCCUACCACAAACAACACCGCUCCAUUUGGUCUGAAGCCUCGAUCAGACCCAGCCCUCACUCUUCCUCCUAUCUCCUUCAACAAACUUACACAGGCACAAACAUGGGACAGCUCUAGCUACAGUGUUCCAUCUGAAGGAGACAGUGAUAAUGUCUUCCUAAGACCUCAGAGAAAUUUGGAAUCUAUAGACCCACAAUUUACAAUUCGGAGGAAAAUGGAACAGAUGAGAGAAGAAAAAGAAUUGGUGGAACAACUUCGUGAGAACAUUGAGAUGAGACUCAAGGUCAGCCUGCAUGAAGACCUGGGGGCUGCGCUCAUGGAUGGGGUCGUCCUCUGUCACCUCGUCAACCAUAUCCGCCCACGAUCUGUCGCAAGCAUUCAUGUCCCAUCACCAGCAGUUCCCAAACUUAGCAUGGCAAAAUGCAGAAGAAAUGUGGAAAACUUUUUGGAAGCAUGCCGAAAAUUAGGAGUCCCAGAGGCUGACCUCUGCUCUCCGUAUGACAUCCUGCACAUGGAUUUUCAUCACAUUCGAAAGACUGUUGACACUCUGCUGGCACUUGGGGAGAAACCCCCACAACCAACUUCUGCCCUUCGCUCCAGGGACCUUAUAAACUUCUGUCUUGUCCACAUUCUCUUUAUAGUGCUGAUCUAUAUCACGUAUCGCUGGAAUGUUCUAUCUGCAUAAGCCUGCAUGUGCAUCCAACUCUCUGCUCUGUCACCCUGAUCCCUUGCAGAGGCCCCCUCCUUUGCCUUGCUGGUUUCCAUCCCUGUUAUCUCUUUAGUAAUCUCUCAAGUUUUGUAGCUGAAUGUUUACAAUCAGGUUUCCCACAAGCACAAACUUUAUAGAAUCCAGUUUCCUAGUUAAAUAAUAGCUUUCAAACUCUUCCCCCGACACACACACACACCCAAUCCUGAGGUAGAGAAGUAUUCAUAUUUAAUGCUUCCCCACCUGCAUAGUGCUGACAGCAGUGCUAUGCAUUCCUCUUCUCUCUCCUGAUGAACUUUGCUACUCUGAGUAGAGUAGAAGGAGGAGGUUCUGAAACAGGAGCAGAGGGGAUCUAGCAUAUGAAAAUAUAUUCUUUGGGUUGUUAUUGAAUCAAGUCUAGGACUGGACAAUUGGAUUGUAGAGGGACUACUUUACAGAAGAAUCAGAAAAAUGUUGCUUUUUUUGUGGGGGGUGUGUGUGUCCAAUUUGGUCUAUAAAAAUCCGGAUUUCUGUCCGAGUUGAAAAAUGUCAUCUGGAAAAUGACUGCUUUGCUGCCCUCUCAGCGGGAUUCUUCCCCAUUUUUUUGUAAUGCGAGCUGUAAGAGCACCCAGCAUGAAUUGCCACCCACUUACAUUCAGAACCCCUCUGCCCCCUUCUGCAUGUGACAAGGCUGUGCAGAAGGAACUCUGAUGAAGGAAGGGUCCCUUGCCGUCAGUGCGCCACCUGGAGGUUUUGCUUGCACAGACAUUUUCAUAUAUUUUUGCUUCUGCUUUGUUGGGCGUUUGAGCACACUUAGAGAGGCAUUUUCCAGAAGAUUUCUAUUUAAAUAAUGUAUCAUAUUGUUCUGCAUUUUUGUUACAUUGCAUUAUUAUUUAAGGCCAAACACUUAAUAGACUUGAUAUAUGUGUCUAUAAAUCAAUAAGUCAUGGGACCAUUUUGUUCCUGAAGUUUGGAAUUCUAUAGCAGGAGCCAAUAAUGUUUGUUCCCAUUUCCGAAGACUAAAAUUUCUCUGAUUAAAUGAAAUUAUUAUUUAGGUUUUUUUUAGAGACAUUAACUGCAAAAUGCUUUAUUUUUAAAGAGGGUUAACUAUUAUAUAUUGAUUUUAUCUGCUUUGGAGCAAUGUGAUUAUUUUGUACUAUUUAAAAAAUAUGGAGUCUUACCUAAACCAAGUUUUUCCGGUUCUGCCUUAUCAUUAUUCCAUGUAAAGGCCCUGCUCAGGGCUGUAACAAUCUUACCUAAGCUUUGGUUUACAUCUGGUUUCCAAGUAUUGCUUUCACAUUAGAGAGAUGAUAGUGUUAACUUUCUUAAAAUGAAUUUCUAGCUUAUUGAAAUACAGAUGCAGACAGCCUUCACAAAUUGCAACUAAGAAUAUGCUUUUAUUUUUAUGAACACUUCCAUGAAUCUAUGGAACUAAAGAAUGUGGAAAAGCCACAUAGUAGAAGAAUAUACUUAUACAGAUUCUUUAUUUAUAAAUCAAAUCAGGUUUUUUUAAAUAAUAAACAUUCAUUACACAAUAAUAUCCUGAGUUAAUGAAGAGUUUUCUUCCUGAUUUUGUAUUGAUGGGUGAAAUGCAGGGUAUAUGGAAGUUACGUAAUUAACCUCAGUUGUAUGUAAAUAAUUUACAGAUGAUGAAUUGCCUUUUGGUACUAUCUGUAUUCUAAUAUGUAAGGACAAUAAAAUCC